GUUGUGGAAUCGAGGCCGGAAGCUGCGCGCGUUUCCCCGGAUCUGGCGCCUAGUCUCCGGGCCGACUACGUUCUCGGUUCUCCACGUUUCUCUCAGGGCUGCUCUGAGCAGACUCCUGUGGCGGCCGGGCAGACGCGGAGCCCAGAUAACCAUGAGCGUGGGUUUCAUCGGCGCCGGCCAGCUGGCCUGCGCCUUGGCGCGGGGCUUCACGGCAGCAGGCAUCCUGUCGGCUCACAAAAUAAUAGCCAGCUCCCCGGAAAUGGACCUGCCUACGGUGUCCGCUCUCAGGAAGAUGGGUGUGAACCUGACCCGGAGCAACAAGGAGACGGUCAGGCACAGUGACGUCCUGUUCCUGGCCGUGAAGCCACACAUCAUCCCCUUCAUCCUGGACGAGAUCGGGGCCGACGUCCAGGCCAGGCACAUCGUGGUGUCCUGUGCGGCUGGCGUCACCAUCAGCUCUGUGGAAAAGAAGCUGAUGGCGUUCCAGCCAGCCCCCAAGGUGAUCCGCUGCAUGACCAACACACCUGUGGUGGUGCGGGAGGGCGCAACAGUGUACGCCACGGGCACCCACGCCCUGGUGGAGGACGGGCAGCUCCUGGAGCAGCUCAUGAGCAGCGUGGGCUUCUGCACGGAGGUGGAGGAGGACCUGAUCGACGCCGUCACAGGGCUCAGCGGCAGCGGGCCUGCCUACGCGUUCAUGGCCCUGGAUGCUUUGGCUGAUGGUGGGGUGAAGAUGGGCCUGCCGCGGCGCCUGGCCGUCCGACUGGGGGCCCAGGCCUUGCUGGGAGCUGCCAAGAUGCUGCUGGACUCAGAACAGCAUCCAGGCCAGCUCAAGGACAAUGUGUGCUCCCCUGGGGGGGCCACCAUCCACGCCCUGCACUUCCUAGAGAGCGGGGGCUUCCGCUCCCUGCUCAUCAACGCGGUUGAGGCCUCCUGUAUCCGAACACGAGAGCUGCAGUCCAUGGCUGACCAAGAGAAGAUCUCCCCAGCUGCCCUCAAGAAAACCCUCCUGGACAGAGUGAAGCUGGAAUCCCCCACAGUGACCACACUGACCCCAACCAGCUCAGGGAAGCUCCUCACGAGAAGCCCAGUCCCAGGAGGCAAGAAGGAUUAAGGCAGCCUGGGUCUGCCCUCCCCUGUGUCCAGAGCCCUCGCCAUGCAGGGCGAGCUGACAGAGGCUCAGUCAGCUUCAGGUCCUCGUGAUAAACCACAUUCCGUCUGUUAGACCCAGCAGCACUGGUUUCCCCUCCUGUCUCAUGUUAGAAGAUGCUCUGAAGGGGUGGCUGACACUGGAAACCAGAUGCAGACCUCACACAGUUGGAGGAGAGGGAGGCUGGGACUCCCUUCAGAGCCCCAGCUCCAUAGGCAGGCCUGGAGACCCUCAGUGGAUGACCUCUUCAACUGGGGUCCUCCCACUGGAGCCCACAGCAGGGUCAGUUUGUUGCUGAGUCAAGGUGUAUGAAACAUGACAAGGACUUUUCUCUUCGAAUUGGGGAAAAGAAGUGAGUGACUUACAAUUAUCACAAUCAGAAAUGCACAUCUUAGACUGUGUUAUAUAUAUAUAUAUUUUAUUAGACUGUGUUAUAUUUAACUCUUGCUUCAUAGGUGUACCAUUGAAAAUGUGUUAUUCAAUGCUAAGUUUGGCUGCUUUAAUAAAGUUUUAUUUUUUAUUA